CCGUCCCACCGCUGCCACCCCCGACUGACCGUCCCUCCAUCCCCCGCCAAGUCUCGCGCUCUGCCUCCGCCCUCCUCCUCUUCAUCAUCCCGCCAGUCCGUCCGGCAAUCAAUAGAUGGCGCUCUCGCUCUAUCCUCUCCGCCGUCAUUCUCACGCAUACACCAUUGCCCUCUCACAACCCAUCCGCAGGGCCAGUAGGAAUUAAACCUGCCAUUAUACGUUUUACUACCCACCUACCUACCUACCUACCUACCUAUCUAUCUAUCUACCUGUCAAUCCACCACCAAUAUGGCCAUCGAGAUCCUCCCCUUGACAAAAGCGGACAUCCCCGCGGCCGUAGAAUGCAUCCAGAAAGCAUUUGCCGAUGAUCCGUACUUCCACUGGGUCUUUAACGAUCCGUCCGGAUUCAACAUCGACCGCAACGCCGCCUCCCUCGCCGCGCACUUCCUCUACGGCCUCUCCUGCCAGGACCCCAUCUACGUCGCCAAAUACACCACCCCGCCCACCAGCGACAAAUACACGGCCCCCGCCACCACCACGGGCUCCGUCGUCGGCGUCUGCUGGUGGUUCAACCCGCACCCCCCGACCACGCCCGUCCCCUGGACCACCUGGGCCCAGGACUGGCUCCUCUCCUUCCGCCAGCUCUUCAACAACAUCCGCUUCGGCGGCCGCGGCGGCCUCAACGUCCGGCGCUACUGGCUGUGGAAGGAGCUGCAGCAGCAGACCCACGAGAAGGUGUGGACGGACCCCCGGGGAUAUUACUUCUGUAAUGUGCUCGCGGUGGAUUCGUCGAUGCGGGGCAUGGGGGUGGGCCGGAAGUUGGUCGAGGUGGUGACGCAGCAGGCGGAUGAGGAUGCCGUGCCGUGCUAUCUGGAGAGCUCCAAGGGGGUUCCCAAUCUGGUCAUCUAUGAGAAAUUGGGCUUUGGGCUCGUUAGUGAGAUUGAUUGUGUUGAUGGGGGGGAUGAGUGUAAGCUAUACUGCAUGAUCCGCCAGCCGACAGUGAAGGCGUAACGGGAUCCUCCAGUUCUCUUGAAAUAGACUGGAGUUCAUACUACAUGGUGAGGCUAUUUUGGGUCGGCUUAUGCAGAAGCGCGUUUGGGAAUGGAAUGGAAUGGUGCGGCUUAUCUAUCUUGCUUGGCAUUUGCGCUCUGGCAUACUUCUCUCCUACUAUCGAUCUAUCAUCGCCUCUUCCGGUCGGCUGUUUCUACUUCACAAGCGUCUCUCAAUCUCUCUCAAUCAAUCUGAACUACUACGAUAUCUAUACUGUCUUUGAGCGUCUUCGAGAUGUCUCAGAUUGAGCUAUCUUAAUUGCAGUCAGAUAUUACUUAC